AAUUCCUGCAUAUCUGCCUCAUCGAGUUGUCUAGAGAAGCUUUCGAAAAAAUGGGAAACUAAUAUCGAUGAGCUUUAUGAGCUAACAAGGAAAUACGAUAAAGGAUUUGACCACCUGGUUCAAGGAAUCGUCAAUGGUAUGAGAAGGCUGGUACAGAUGAAAGCGCCACGUCUUGCUAAAGUUGUUGUUAGUAAAUGUGGGCCAUUACUGAAAGAGAGCACUGCCUACACGACAUCCUUUAUUGGCUCAAAACCACAAAAGCCGCACGAAGUGAAGCCAAUGACUAGGGAACUCGUCGAACAUGUGAGUUUUUUUCAUUUCCGUGAUUUUCGGGGGAUCGGACGAACUUGUCCAGGCCAGAUGAUGUCAUUGAAGAUGCGAACGUUGCGGAAUUGUUGGUCUCAGAUUGCAAAUCGAACUUGUUCAGCUGCUUCUGAAGGGGAAUCCUGCUGGAAUGGCACAAAUAUCGUCAGAUUACAACAUGCUGCUGAUGAUCUCAGUCUUGGCAUUAAAGACGUUCGUCCACGUCCAAAGGUCAGUUUUGAUUACGUUUCCGUUGUUAUCGAUUAA